AUGACCAUUCUGCGUAUACACUCCACGGACCGAGAUCUGUUGAGCCAGAAGCUUCAAACCGCCAGCUUCCCCGACGAGCUCGACUCCGCAGGCAGGGACUUGGGCGUGCCUCUGGACGAAAUCAAGCGGCUGUCUACAUAUUGGCGCCAUGGCUUCGACUGGCGUGCAAAGCAGAAGGAAUUGAAUGAGAAAGCUCCACCAGUUCAUGGUCUCUGUGUCCAUUCCAGGCUUCGGGGAGCUGGAUAUACAUUGUCUGCACCAUACGAGCCCCACGCCUGUUCCGUCGCCCUGCUGGCCUGGAUUUACGAUAAGCGUCACGAGUGGUCGGACGGCUAUCCUUGGACGGACGACGAGAUCCUCACCUGGGUGAGUAUCUAUCAGUUCUCCGCGGCGGGGCCCGCGGCUUCAGUUCACAUCUACUACGAGGCUGCUCAGGCGCCUCCUGCCGGUUUCUCGGCGUCAAUAUCAGACAGGAUCUCCACUGCUGAUGCAAUUGCGAUGUCCAUUCCGGGGAGUGUGAAGCUGGCUGUGGCUCAUUUCAAGAGGGAAUUGAUCAAGUUGCCCCUCCUGUGGUGUCGAGCGAUGGGCUCUAUAGUGUUGUUGGCUGCCGAUGUGGGGGGAUUCAUGGGCAAAGAGGAUGAGGCAUAUGCUGUUGUGACCGGUAAGGAUGGUUAUUAG